CAUGGGGAAAAAAUAAAGUUAUGAAACGAAGGUUUUUUUGUAAUGUUUUACUUUUUUUAUCAAUUUCCUUAUUUUCAGCUGUAUCAGUUGAAUCAUUGAAAAAUACCAAGUCUAUACUUCGUAAAAAUGUUAGAAGGCAAGGCGAAGACGAGCAACCAACAACAGAAGAAAACGAGAAAUUUCAAGAUGAGGAAGAAGUAGAGCUGCCUUCUACUUUCGACCCUUACAACAUACAAGCGCAAUUAAAGAAGGUUGCUACAAAAUUUCCGGAUGUCAAUAUAACGAUAGAAGUUAUCGGUCGUACUGUGGAGUACAACGAUAUAGUUUUAUUAAAAGUAAGCGAAUUACAAAAUCCCUCUCGUAGAGGAAAGUACGAGGAUACUUCGUAUGAGAAGAAGAUAAUUUUCAUCGUCCACGGUUUGAGUGUUAAAGGUAUAGAUUCAAUACCCUGCCUCUCUGAAGUGUCGUAUUUCCAAACGCUUCUUCAUUAUUAUAUCGAGUUUUUGGAUAAGUUUGAUAUAUAUUUAAUACCUAUGGCCAAUCCUGAUGGAAUAGCGUAUCCGCGAGCAUUUUGGAAUAAAAAUGUAUCUCCACAAAAAGCUUGUCCAGGGGUGGCAUUGGAUAGAAACUUCGAUGUAGCGUGGAAUUUUACUAAGCUGAUUAGUUCGUGUAGCCAACAUUACCCAGGGUUCAUGCCCUUUUCUGAACGAGAGACGCAAGCUAUAAGACGGAUAUUCCAUUACCAUCACCAUAAAAUAAUCGCAUAUAUUAAUGUACACGGAAAUGGCUUUGAUGAGAAAACUUUCAAGGGUGAAGCAGUAUUGUACCCGAAAGGUUAUACAGAAUUUCAAGAAGAUGAUGACCAAUAUAUCGACUUGAAGGGAGAGGUUGACGAGGCGAUCAGAAAUGCUAGCUUUCGUCUGAUGGCGGUUACAGUCGACACUCUUUACAGCUGGUACGGCAUUAUCUGUGGCGCUAGUGUCGACUAUGCUUCUACGGUAUUUGGUGUACCUUUCUCUUUGGAAUUUGUGAUGCAGCCUUAUUCCGCUGUAUUUAACUACAACGCAUAUCAAAACGAGGUGGCAUACGAUUCAUUGAACGCGAUAUGGGGUCGUAUAAUUCGUGCCGUCUUCCAGUAUAUAUGGGAUAGCUCUCGAUACAUAGAAAAGAGACGCCUCUCUAAACUUAUUAGGCAUCCAAGAAAGUUUCAAUUUAGAAAGCAUAAUAGAGUUUGAUUUUAAUUACUUACAAAUUAUUUUAAUUAAAAUAAUACAUGGAUUAACGCAAAUCAAAUGUUUAUGUGUAUCUUUCUCAAGUAAUAAAAGAGAAUAAAGUGUACUUUAGAUUACAAGAUGGCGUCCUGUUAGUCUGGCAAAAAACCGAAUGUAAUGAUAGUUAAAAAAAUAUAUUUAUUAUUAGAAGUCAAAACUGGACUCACGAAAUGGAGUUUUGUCACUUUCUCUUCCACUUACACCUUACCUUACUUGGUGCGUCAACGAAACAUUUUCCAUAAACGUUAGUUAACCUUUUCGCUUUGUUUGCAAUACAAUACGCGUAAUGUAGUAUCAAAAAUAUUAUAAGAGUUUAUUAAAUACGUAAUGUGCAUUGUACAACUAUUUUGUUUCUACAAUUAAUUCUUUAUAGUACAAUAAAGUAAGUGUACAAGUGUGUCAGUUUAGCUGCUAAUGCUGCA